CCUUCCUGCCUUUCUCCAGUUCGUCUUCCCUUCCCGCCCGGCCGCCCCAGCGAGCGAGCACCGCGCAGCAAUGGCGCCGUGACCUUCCUCCCCUCCGCGAGAGUCUUCCAGAACCUUCCGCGUCCGCGAGGUGAAGGAUUGGGGCGUCGUGAUGGACCUCGAUUUCGUCGCCGCCUUUCCCGGAAGCAGGUGGAUGGCCGAGUCGGCGGUGCGGCGGCGGCAGCAGCGGCGGUUGUCGUCGCCGUCGCUGAGGGCCCACCUCACGCCGGCCUUCGACGCCGUCGCCGCCGGCGCGGACGGUAUGUCCGCGUACUCCGGCUCUGCGUCGUCGUCGUCUGGCGGGUUGGACCUCGGGUUCGACGACUCACUCCUCCGCUACCGCCGCGCCUGCUUCUCCGCGACCGCCGACCUUGGCCCGCGCGUCUUCGUCUACUCGCCGCAGUCGGGGCCGGUGUACCAGGUGUCGACGGGCGGUGACGUGGGGGCUGCUGGAGGUUGCCGAUAUGACUCCAAGCGACAGGCGGCUGGGCAGACUGGUGCUCCAGGUUUCCAGGACUUCAACGACAUCGAUUCUCUCAUCUCCCCAUGGCAGCCCUGUGCCGAUGAUACUACUGCCACAGCUCGAGGCAUCUGCAACAAGACACUUGCUGUCCCCCGACCACGGGAAGAUACUGUCGUCCAAGCAACCAAGGCAGAGCCUUCAACACCAAAACCUGAAGUAACAACACUUUCCGCUCAGCCUGCAUCUGCGCAGGCAGAGCCAUUCGAGGAGGACGAAGAGUUGAUACUUAAAACUCUUUAUGGUCAAAGCAAUCGACGAAGGCUGCCCGUCUUCAUAAGCAUCUGCCCCGAAUAAACGGUGGACAUUCCCAAGAUCUCAACAUGGAUGAUGGAUCAAAUUUGUUCUGUAUAUUCUCCUGUCUCCUGUAUGCACACUUAAUACUAGUAAUAAUCAGUAAUUAGUCCCAAAAGUAGUUGUCAAGAGAGAAUCUCUCUCUCUCUCUACAUAUUUAGGUGAGGAAAUUAGGAUAUUAUUCUGUAUUAAAGCCGGCGUCUGAACCAUUGGCUUGCCGCUGGUUAAUUCCUGCUAUCCAUUGAAGACAAGUAGACAACUGUACUCUGUGUACUGAAAGCUCUGUUCCUCUGCUUUUAGAAGUACAAUGGUCAUUUCUGUCACAUUUUCAUGUACAUGUACGCCAUAAUAAUCAUAAUAUUAGAAGUACACUGUGCACAGUGCACCUAUAGUUGAUUUAG